GGUUGUCAUGGAGCCGCGGGGCCGGGCUCGCGCAUGCGCCGCUUGACCCGCUGGGCCGGUCGUGAAGAGGCGACCUCGGCCCUAGGGCAAUCCAGUUGAAAGGAGGGCUGAUGAAUCCAGUUCCAGCCCAGUAAAACAUGGAGAGGAAAAACCCGUCCAGGGAGAGCCCCAGAAGACUCUCGGCCAGACUGGGCAAAGGCACAGAGAUGAAGAAGGCAGCUCGUCAACACGGCAUGGCGGUUGCUGAGUCAGAUAAGGACUCCGGAUUUUCAGAUGGGAGCUCAGAGUGUCUGAGCUCUGCAGAGCAGAUGGAGUCCGAGGACAUGCUGAGUGCCUUAGGCUGGAGCCGGGAAGACAGGCCAAGGCAGAACUCCAAGACCGCAGGCAGUGCCUUCCCCGCGCUGUCCCCAAUGGUCGUCAUGAAGAAUGUGCUGGUCAAACAGGGCAGCAGCUCCUCCCAGCUCCAGUCGUGGACCGUCCAGCCGUCCUUCGAAGUGAUCUCCGCGCAGCCGCAGCUCCUGUUCCUCCAUCCGCCGGUGCCGUCUCCCGUGAGCCCCUGCCACGCGGGCGAGAAGAAGUCGGACUCCAGGAACUACUUGCCCAUUCUGAAUUCUUACACCAAAAUCGCCCCCCACCCAGGCAAAAGGGGCCUUUCCCUCAGCCCAGAAGAGAGAGGAGAAAGUGGGAUGCAGAAGAAAGUCUGUACCGAGAGACUUGGGCCGAGCUUGUCUUCCAGCGAGCCCACCAAGCCUGGCGCCGUGCCCCUCAGCCCCCCGGCGCCGGCACCCCCGGGCGCCAAGCUUGCGGAGGACUCCGCUCUGCAGGGCGUGCCCUCUCUGGUGGCAGGUGGCAGCCCGCAGACUCUUCAGCCGGUGUCCAGCAGCCACGUGGCUAAAGCCCCCAGCCUGACCUUUGCUUCCCCCGCCAGCCCGGUGUGCGCGGCAGACAGCACGCUGCACGGCUUCGAGAGCAGCUCCCCGCUGUCGCCGCUGGCCGCCAGCUACAGCUCGCCCCUGUGGGCCGCCGAGCACCUGUGCCGCAGCCCCGAGCUCUUGGCCGCCGAGCAGCGGCAGAGCAAGCACAGGCGCUUUCAGAAUACCCUGGUCGUGCUGCACAAGUCCGGUCUGCUGGAGAUCACGCUGAAAACCAAGGAGCUGAUCCGGCAGAACCAGGCGACCCAGGUGGAGCUAGACCAGCUAAAGGAGCAGACCCAGCUGUUCAUCGAGGCCACCAAGAGCAGGGCUCCUCAGGCCUGGGCCAAGCUGCAGGCAUCUUUAGCCUCGGGCUCUAGGCACACCGGCAGUGAGCUGGAGGCGUUUUCUGACCACCCAGACAUGUAACCCAGAAGGCAUAUUUUCCGGUGACUUGAGUGGUUCUUUUUAACUCUUUGGCUGUUUCUACUCCUGUCUCCCACAGCUUAUGUAAGAGCUUUUCCUUCUACACUUCGACUGUUGGGCAGCUCACUUAGGAAGCCACAUGCCAAUACCUGGCCGCUGUCCUAACCUGUGGUCUGUGCACAGUUUACAUACGGCUCUGUUCCUCUGAGUCCCCGAGGACUUGUGAAUGCCCUGAGUCCCCUUCCCUUAGCCUGCAGGUGCUUAGAUGGGUCACGGGGCAAAGCAGGAGAGAUGGUUGUGUGGGGCUGUCGCAGCUGUCACCGCCCACCAUCCCACACACUGUGAACAAGGGUACAGUGACAGGGAGGAGCACACGGAGUGUCACCUGUCAAGCCAGGGAGUAGGUGACAGAAGGAUCCCUUUGUGGAGCUUCCCUCGAAUGUCUUAGUCACAGACAGAAAGAGGAGGCGAGCUCGCGUUCCCCAAGGCAUCGUGCCAUCUGGGCAAACACUAAAGUGCCGCGGGCGCAGGUUGGGCCGAGGGCGCACGCGCUGAGCCACGUGACGCGCUGUCUUCCUAAACUGGAAAGUCAAGGGGAGAGGGUCGCACGAGUGAACUCUUACACUUUAAUCACAAGCCAGAUUUCUCCUCACUUAAACUGGUAGGCAAAAUACUUCAGAUUUUUAAAGUAUGGAAGGGGUUCAGUACCAUCUGGAAUUGUAAUUGCUGAAUUGCUUUUUUGACUUCGACUCUGAAACAAGUAGACAUGGCCAGCAUCUCUUGGUUGGGAGUUGGAGGAUUCUGGAAAUGUAUGCUCCCACCCCCACCCCUGCCUCUUUUUGAAACAAUGCAACCUGGGUAUGUGUGAAAAUCUCAAAAGAUAACUUAGUGGCUUCUGAGAAUGUAUGUACGCUAACUCUCUGCUGCCACUUUUUUAUCCCCUUUCAUUUUUGUAAAAGAGGAAAGGAGCGAUUACUAAGCUGAUCAACUUUGAAUUAAAACCAUCCUGAGGUCCUGGUGUUGAAGUGCCCAAAACAUUGGAAACCACUCUUCGUGCUGAUUGUGUUUUCCUAUCCCAGGUUUGCAUUUGUCGCAUGUCACGGUGACAUGGAACACUUGCGGGGAAGUCUUCUGUGUCUCCUUUGUGCCCUGGAUAUUGGUGGCAAAGCCAGAGGUGUGGGGUUGGUUAUUUGAAGCUUAUCUGGAAAUGGAGGGUGCGAUAACAAUUUCCAGGUGAGACCAAUUCUUGGAGCGUCGUGGGAGAGGUAAACAGGAUUCCUAAGUAGUGCCAUUUCAGACUUUUAUCUCAUUGGAAUCUCAUUUAAAAAUUUCAUCCUCUUGAAAAUCUCCACAGAGAUUACCUUAGUAAGAAAUUCCGUGUGACCAGCUUCACAUUUUCUGCAGGGAAAAAUGUUCUUAAAAUUUCACCAAGGCCAGAAGCUAAUGCUCACCUUUACCUGGUAGUUACAACCGUCCACAGAGUUUUUAAAUUUCAAGGCAUCGGAUUGCCCACACUUUGUCACUAAACUUGAAUGUCUUAGAUACGACCAGUUUAGAAAUAGCUUGGCAAAAAUCCCUGCACUCUCCCGAUCAGUGCAGAAUUGUUACCUGCCAUUUGUUUCCUGAAGGCGUUUCAAAAUCCCCACAAAAGUGUCUUUAAGCAGACUCUCAGCUCCUUUCAAUAUUCCCCUCUUGGCCCGCUCCCCUCGCCGCCCCGGAAUCCGUGUGGUACUGUGGCAGCUCUGCUCUGUGCACCAUGCGACGAAGCUUCCUUUCUGGCUGACGGUAUUUGGCAGCAAAGAUACAGGGACAGGUGCCUUCAGAACAGCCUGGGCGCCAGUCAUGAGUCUUACUGAGUGUCAAAAAUCUGAACACGCUUGCUGAGAACCAAAUUUAUUCCAUCGGAAAAACCCUCUGUGGAGAUAUCAGCCUCUUGGACUCUUUUUACUAGAUUAAGAUUUGCAUUUCCCUUCCUGUUAUGGUGAAAGAUGAUGAAAGCCACCAUUGAUCUGCACUGCUGAGUGGCAGGGGGGAGCAGCAUGUCCCUGGCUCUUCUCAUCGUGUGACUUCGUGCGGGAAGUCUCUGUAGGCUGUUUGCAUGGGUGUUCUUUCCCUCGUGGAGCUGUAAGCAGAUGAAGCCGAAUAGGGAAGUUAGUUCUUGGAAGAAGAGGUCCACUGAGGCUCCCAGACAUUUGGGGCCAGACGCCAGAUCGGCACAUGAAGGAAGCUCGGAGUAGACCAGAAGGAUCUCCGUUGGUUGCACGAGGCUGUAAGUAGUGAUGGUCUUAGCGGGCGUGAUUUGAUCUGGUAUGAAGCACUGGGGCAGGGUUACUACUUUCUGAGAAUGAGAAGCAAAUCUGAGUUCAGACCGACACUUAAAGAAAACUUUUGGCAGAUUUUGUUGGCAAGGGUGAGACAACGUCUAGAAAAAGCUGCUGAUGGAACUGGUUAUGGGAACGGAGUUUAAUAACAUUUGUAAUUUAUUACACUCAUGGCUUUUUAUUGACUAUCAUAUUGUCUGACUUUACUAUGAUUCCUUCAACAGAAAAGUAACUCUCUUGCGUAUAUUGAAGUCUUUUUCCUGCUAUGAAUUCUUUAGGGUAGAAAUUUAUUUACCAAAUGUGAAUUCCUUUGAGGAAGAAUGAAGUUUUUGUAGAAAUUGACUGUGAAAUGUCAGAGAAAAAUAAAAUUCACUUACUUGAAAACUA